CCUCCGGACGGAUCCACGCGCGCUGAAGGACUCUGGAUCCAAAUGUCACCCCCUCUGGGCUCUACUGUGGCCGGGGACCAGCAGUGUGUGACGGACAGACGAGCAUCGCCUGUGGUGGCCUUCUGCGUGUCUUCAAAUUGGACCUGGCUGAGCUCUGUGUGGAGCAACGAGCGAAGGGUCCUGGCUAUGGUCUGAUGUCUCAGCAUGAAUGGAGUCACUCAGAGGACAGGGCACCACAAACGAGGCCUUCACUCGUCAGCAGAGGACUAGCAUUUACUGGAUUACUCCCUUUGUUACUACUUCCAGCUAACUGUUGCAUUACCAGGCUCUCCUAGGUGGACGUUUUGUGGCUCUAGUUCUUGGCGGAUACAUACAGCAUUGCCAUUUUGGUUUUAUUUUACUUUUUUAUUGAUGGUUUUCCUUCUCCCUCUCUGUUUUUCAACUAUGGAGUGUCUGGCUGGACUCUGGAGUAAAGAUUGGGCUUCAUUUUUGCAGUUCUGGUUGACUGUCAUACUAAGUCUCCAAAUGCAAUUCAGCCCGGUUGCUUCUUGCCCUGAAGAGUGUCGUUGUGACAAAACAUUUGUGUAUUGCAAUGAACGCAGCCUGACAUCAGUGCCUCUGGGGAUAGAGGAUGGCUACAAGGUCCUCUACCUACACAACAACCAGAUCAACAAUGCUGGCUUUCCCAUGGAGCUUCAUAAUCUGGCCUCCGUUGAGAUGGUGUACCUCUAUGGAAACCAGCUUGAUGAAUUCCCCAUCAAUCUACCCAAAAACACCAGGGUCCUGCAUCUGCAGGAGAACAACAUUCAAACUAUUUCCAGAGGAGCCCUGGCUCAGUUGACUAAACUGGAGGAGCUGCACCUUGAUGAUAACUCUAUCUCUACAGUAGGGGUAGAGGAAGGGGCCUUUAGGGAGGCACUGAGCCUCAAACUUCUCUUCCUCACAAAAAACCACUUGAGCAGUGUUCCAAUUGGCCUUCCUGAGGACUUGAAAGAGCUGCGGUUGGACGAGAACCGCAUUGCCAUCAUUGCAGAGGAGGCCUUUCAGAACGUGACGCGCCUGCAGCGCCUUCUGCUGGAUGGAAACCUGCUGACGGAUGAGGGCAUUGCACCAGGAACCUUCCAGGACCUCUCCACCCUACGUGAGUUGGCCCUGGCUCGCAACUCUCUCACCUUUCCCCCACCCCUUUUACCCAGCCAGUCACUGGUCAAACUUAGUCUGCAGGAAAACCAGAUAGACCAGAUCCCUGUGGCAGCCUUUGCUGACCUAAAUAGGCUUGAAAAACUGGAUAUCUCCAGCAACCAACUUCAGACUCUAACACAGGGUGUGUUUGAUGGCCUGUCAAGUCUGAAGCAUCUCAUGGUGCGGAACAACCCCUGGCGCUGUGACUGUGCUGUUAAAUGGGUGGUGGUGUGGCUAAAGUCCUUACCAUCCUUUAUCAACGCCCGGGGGUUUGUGUGUUCCAGUCCAGACAAGGUGCGUGGCAUGACAAUCAGAGAGCUCACGCUGGAUAAUAUUGAGUGCCCAAUUUAUCCCGACCAGCCAGCCUGGCCCACACUUCGCUCCACCCCACCUCCCCCACCCACCACCACCCCCAUCACCACCAUGAUCUCCACCCUCAUCACCACAUCAAUCCCUUACUACUUUGAUUCCCCUUCCCCUCCUUUACCUCCACUCUAUAAUAACCCAGGACCCCUUCCCCCCUAUGAGGACCCCCUGCAGAUCUCCUUCCACGUGGUCAACUCCACUAACAUUGAGGUGAGCUGGAUGUCUUAUUUUACUGUCACGGCCUAUAAAGUGACUUGGGUCAAAAGGGGCCAAAGCCAAAUAAACGAGGGGUUGCGGGAGAGGACGGUGAGUGGGGAUCGGCGCCACAUCAGCCUCACUGACCUUGAGCCGCGCUCGGUGUAUCGGAUCUGUGUUCACGUCCUGGACAGCCUUAACUCCUACAGGCCUGGAGAGGAUACUAUUUGCUCUGAGGCCAGGACCAAGCUGCCUCCUUCUACGAAGUCUCCUGGCAGAGAGCAAGCACCUCAGGAUGGCAUCAACUUCACGCUGCUAAUGGCUGGGAUCAUAGGCGGGGUGGUUCUUAUCAUCCUGGUGACGUUGUUAGGCUUCUUCUGCUGGCACAUGCACAGGAAGAGCCGGUCGUCUUCAACCAAGUGGAAAUACAAUCGUGGCAGGAGAAAAGACGACUACUGCGAGGCUGGAACUAAGAAGGAUAACUCCAUUCUGGAGAUGACUGAAACCAGUUUCCAAAUAGUGGCUCUGAACAAUGAGCAGCUGCUUAAGGGAGAUUUCCGCAUCCAGCCCAUAUACACGCCCAAUGGGGGCAUUGGAUUUAGAGACUGUCACCUCAGCAACAACAGCAUAGCCUACUGCAAGAGCAGCAAUGUGCCCAGCACAGAGUUCUGCCACACGUGAUGUAACGCUGGUGCAGUGCUGUUCCAACAGACACACAAGAACCCAUUGGAUAAAUACACACUGUUUGUGUAGAAAACAGAAAAAAAUUUAGUGAAAUAUAACUGUACUAUAUAUAUAUAUUUCCAAGUUCUGUCUACUAUGUAAUUUAUACUGUGGAUAAUAAUGUGGGAUUACCUGCUAUCUUUUUUAUCUUUAGAAAAAGAGGUAGAGGUGUUUUGUUUUAUAUAACCAGCAGGGUUUUGAAAGUUGUUUUAGUGGUCAGUACUAUACAUGAACAUGGAUUUGUACAAUCACGGCACCCUGGGUGUAGCUUCUGACAAACGUCAGCCUCGGAAAUUUUAGUGGCGCUUUAGAGGGCUGGGAUCUUUUGCUAACCACAGAAACAAAAUAUGUCCUCUUCUUGGUUUUACUCCCCCCCCCCCCCCCACACACACACACACACACUCAACACACCCCUGUACAACAGAAAGACAACACAGUGAAGGGGAAAUUCAAACACUGCUGAUGAGUAGGCCUGUCACGAUAACAAAUUUUGUUGGGCAAUUAAUUGUCUCAGAAAUUAUUGCGA